UUUGUUUGUUUUUAGCUAGUAGUGGAUGACUUGUCUUCUCUUCAGCCACACACGCGAAAAGAGCAGACGACGCUGACCCUCAAACAUCUCCCUGUCAGCAUUAAAGAUGUUUGCAAAAGCCACUAAGAACGUGCUCUCUGAGAUUGACACUGAAGGUUCCCUGAUCCCACUGACCCGUCUGAAUGACUCGGACGGUCUGGUUCCUCUGGCCCUGGUCAUCAAGCGUAAUCGCUACUGGUUUUGGCAGCGGCCCAAGUACCUGACAUUAGACUUCAAUCUAAAUGAUGUUCUCGUUGGAGAUCCGAUAAAUCCAGUUGUGGUUGAAACAGACUUUUUGUCGUAUAAUGGGAAGGUUGUGGAUAACAAAAGUGGAAGUGCUGCAGCGGAUCUUGGGCCGGGGAGCAUUAAUAUAGGGGGGACUGGCUCCAGCAAACUUCAGUCAUCGUUUGGAAACCUAAAGAAACAGGAGAUGGAUGUCCAGAAGCUCUUACAGGAUUCCAAAUCUAGAGUUCUGGACCUGCAGCACUCUCUGAUCCAGCAGACACGGGAGACGCAGAGGGAGGUGUUGGCGGUAGUGAAGGAACGAAUCUUCACCACCCAGCCCUGCACUGUCACUGAGGAGGUUCAGGAGGGUGGUACCUGCACUGGAAUGUUCGGGUUUAAUAAGACAAUAAAGGUGUCAGUCAAUGAUAAAGGGAAGCCUUUUGUUGAGUAUGACACUAAUGUGUCUAUCAACAUUCCCCCUAAAACCACUAUUGCUUACAGCGUGAUUGAACUAGAGGUUGCUCACACUGGACACUACGAACUGUGUCUGCUGCCAAAUGUAAAAGGAGGUUUUGAAGUUGACGGGCUAGUGAAGGUGAAGCAAGCUAACUCCGUCAGUGCUGCACCAGGGAAAACAACCAGCAAACUGCAGAAAGAUCUUGAAGGAAUCCAAGGGCAGUUUGCGGUUCUCUCUAAACUCCCAUCCAACACACGCUGCUCAUUAUUCCAGCAGAUCUCUGUGCUCCUGCAGAACAGUGUAUUCAUCAGCUUGCUGGAGGACGCUCUAGAGGACCUGUGUGAUGGGACACAGCCUGACCUCAGUGCAUUAGAUGAAGUUCCUGCUCUGAAGGCCACACUGAAGCUUGUACAGAAGGCUGCUGGUUCAAAAUCCUCAGGAAUGCAGACCAAACCCAGCGCUCUUACUGCCACCCAUCUGCUCUUCAGCUCCUUAGAUGAGAUGACUGACUCUGCCCUGUUUAAGCUCAAAUCCUGCUGCAGUUACGCAACCCUGCAAGCUCUGCUCCAUCUUGUGCAAAAUAUGGCUCUAAAUAAGAAGUCCUCUUGGAAAGAUGCUGCUCUGGCCGUGUUAGCCGAUGCGGAGGUUUUCAAGAAGAUUACAGCACUCUUUGCCUCUUGUAAUGUGACCUUGCUUAAGGAGGAGGAUUCACUUGUUACAAAAAUCAGCAACCCACAGGAUCGCCUUCCCCUAAUGCUAUGCAUUGCAGUCAAAGGUUUGGCAUCUCUAGCGCCCCCUGUCUGACUGGAGUACAACAGGUGCAAGCUAUUAAGUUACAAGGACCAAAGGGCCUUAAAGCCUGCAGGUGGAUGAUCUACUCUGGGAUG